AUGUUUCUAAAAUUACUUGUAAAUGUCUUUGAACGAGCAAAGUCCAAGUUAACCUCAACACGUUCGAUUGAUCGAACCCUAUCAGACUCCGACAAUGAAUUCGAGACAAAUAAUUGUAAACAAAUGUUUUCAUCUGGUCCAUCAAUAAUCCAUCAACAACCUCGUUUAUCUAUCUCAAAAUGGUUAUGUACCAGUCCACCAUCUAUUAAUAAAUCGACGUUAUAUCCUAAUGAAACAUCAUUAGUGUAUAAGCUUUCAUCUGAUAAGAGAAAUCAAACGAUAUCUCAGGCACUUAUUGUUUUAUAUUUAUCAUGUCUACCAGUCAUUAUUAUAGAAUCGUUACCGCAUCGAUAA